ACAUUGGAGCCCCCUUUGAGGACACUUUUGCCUUAAGCCCCGCCCCCCUGAAGCCGCAGCCAAUCAGCGCUCCCGGGGCGGAGCGCACCAGCCAAUAGCAACGCGGGAGGGGCGGGACUGCCGUUACCAUGGGAACCGACGCGCGUGGCCUCCAUAGCAACAUACAAAUACACUUCCGGGUUCUCGUUCCCGCCCUCUGCCGCGCUCAGCCAAUCAGCGCUCGCGGAGCGCGGCGGAACAGCCAAUGGGAGCGCGGCGAGGGGGCGGGAGCAGCGUUGCCAUGGGGACGGGCAAGGGCGGUUGCCAUGGCAACGGGGGCGGCCGGGCCUGAGGCGGAAACGGCGGGAAAAGAUCGCGAUGGCCGAACCCCGCCUGGCUCCUCCCAGUUCCUCCCAGUGCUCCCAGUUACCCCCUCCCAGUGCUCCCAGUUCCUCCCAGUGCUCCCAGUUCACUCCUCCCAGUUCCUCCCAGUGCUCCCAGUUACCCCCUCCCAGUUCCUCCCAGUGCUCCCAGUUCCCCCCUCCCAGUUUGGGGGGGCUCAUCCCCCCCUCCCACUUUGUGCUGCGCUCCAGGGCGCUGGGGGCGGAGUUGAGAGCAGAAAAGGGGCGGAGCCAAGCGCUGGAGGCGGAGCUUGGAGCACAAAAGGGGCGGAGCCAAGUGCUGGAGGCGGAGCUGGAGCUGCUGAGGGGGCGGAGCCAAGCGCUGGAGGCGGAGCUGAGAGCAGAAAAGGGGCGGAGCCAAGCGCUGGAGGCAGAGCUUGGAGCAGAAAAGGGGCGGAGCCAAGCGCUGGAGGCGGAGCUUGGAGCAGAAAAGGGGCGGAGCCAAAUCCUGGAGGCGGAGCUGGAGGCAGAAAAGGGGCGGAGCCAAGCGCUGGAGGCGGAGCUGGAGACGCUGAGGGGGCGGGGCCAAGCGCUGGAGGCGGAGCUUGGAGCAGAGAAGGGGCGGAGCCAAGCGCUGGGGGCGGAGCUUGGAGCAGAAAAGGGGCGGAGCCAAGUGCUGGAGGCGGAGCUUGGAGCAGAAAGGGGGCGGAGCCAAGCGCUGGGGGCGGAGCUUGGAGCAGAAAAGGGGCGGAGCCAAGUGCUGGAGGCGGAGCUGGAGGCAGAAAAGGGGCGGAGCCAAAUCCUGGAGGAGGAGCUGGAAGUGCGGAGGGGGCGGGGCCUGGGAGCUGAGGGGGCGGAGCCAAACCCGGAACAGGUGUUGUUAUCCCGGUGGAAGCUGAAGGUUUUCCAGCUGCUGCUGCAGGUGAGGCUGAACCGGAACCAGGAGAGGCUGCAGGGACAGGCUCUGCCCCGGGAGCGGCUCCGGGCCGAGGAGGAACCGGAGAAACUGGGACAGAACCAGAGGAGCUCUGGUGACGCGGGGACGGCUCCGGUGACAGCGACAGGAGGAGGGGACAGCGGGGGACAGCAGGGCAGGGACAGGAACCGGACACGGCCGGACACAGUGUCGCUGUCCCCGCUCCUGAGGCACCUCCAGGCUCUCGGCGCCGCCAUCUUGGGGGAACACGGCGGGGACGGAAAUGACGUCACUAUGUGGGGACAGUGACGUCACCGGGGGCGCCGC